UUUCGGAGGCUAAACAUUCUUGAUGCUCCGUCCGUAUCUUUUCCGUUGUUCUCGAUCGCGACAGAAGACUCGCUUAAUAUUCGUUAAAAAGCGGAACUCUCUUUAACGAUACGCGUGGACUAACGAGAGGACAAGUAUGACGUCGAACGAAUCGUUACGCUCGUUAAUCGUCCCGAUCGUUACGCAGAGUUCGGCGAUUUUCCCUGCCUUGACGAAUCCGAGAUACCGCGUCGUGUAUUCGCGUCGAGCGCGCGCUUGUGAUCGAGAAUGUUCCAGGGGCGAUAUAAAAGGUUUUUCGGACGCAGUGUACGCGGGAAGGGAACAGAAUCCGGCAGAAAUCUAAAUCAUAAUAGCCGGCGUAGAAGCGCGUUGUUAAAAGUGCGGAUGAAGUUUGCCGAUAUUUCUUCCGACGCGGCGACGUUUACAUAAGUGAAUAUGCAAUAAAUUCUUACGUCAUCGUAAGUAAGAUAAGCGCGAUAUUUCACGUCGAAGCUUUAUCGUUUCCGUUUCGUUGUGCAAACGCAGGAUGUUCACCGCUGACUACGCUAUGCACUCGUAUACUGUUGCCAAAGAGAAGAACCCGAUGAAGACGCGCUGCUGUCCGAGAUAUUUGUUCGAUGGCGGAUCCGGCGAAAUUGGUUUACGCGAAGAUAACGCUUUAUACAGCUCUCCGGACGAGUCGUAUCCACCGAAUAACAGCAUACACAGCGAUUUUUGAGGCACAACGACUAACCCGAACGUUACGCGCUCAAUUUGCGAACGAUGCGCUUCAUUCGCAAACAGAACAGCUGUUUUUCCUAUUAUAUUGGUAUUGCGUGUGUAUACUUAAUGCUUACGGUCUGUCUUUCUAAACAAUGCUGUUGACAGCAUCAAUGUAUCGUUACAAAGCUCCAUUGCUUUCGCAAGCUCGUAUAAAUAUCGGCAUUUUUUUCCGCACUUUCUCCCCGUUCAACAUUACGUCAUUGUCGAGCCUUUCGGUUUUAAAGCUUUCUAUUUGAUCGGAACUGAAAUUUCGACGCCUUUAUUACAAAUGGAUUUAAAAUAAAAUAAAAAAAACGAAUUUCCCUUAUAUGCGCGCUCACGUACGCAUGCAUGCACGCACGCGACAGUGAUAUAUUUAUAUGGAAUGUCAUGUAUCAAGAAAUUAAAUUAAUAUCGAUUAUUUACGUGCAGAUGACGUGCAAUUGUGCCGGCAGUGCUGGUAACAAAGAUAUUACGGUUAAAAAAGACUGGUAAAAUAAAUCGAUUUGCAAAGUAUACGUGUGUUUGCACAUGUAUGUGCGAGUCGGGUUAAGGUUUUACGCGACGCAACGAGCGAUAUAAUUUUAAACGCGAGACUCCCCUGCGAAUGAAAAAGGCGAAACAGCGUCGCCGGUCGUGGAGGGUCGAGAAUGCAUCUGUGGGCUUCCGCGCGGAAAAAAAAAUGUGUAAAUUCACUACACGCCUUUCUUCCACGCGCGCGCAUCGCUGAGAUUUUCGUUCUUGUUAACUGCCUAAUGCAAGUAAAUACCGAAUCUGCUCCGCGAUUCUUUAACGCGUUCAUCUCACGCGGCAGCGCAGCAAAAACCAACGACGAUUCAUUUACGAGUCAAGCUUGCAUUACGUACAGAUGUCGCAAACCGACUCGUCGGCGAAUCGUCCUAUCGUUGGCGAUAACUAGAUGAAGAAUAUCCACGCGUAGACUGCAUAAAAUGAACAAGUAUCGGAUAGUCCGACAAAAUGACGGUUGAACUGGGAAUAGGCUGAAUUUCAUCAUCGUAUCGUAGACAUGCUCUGGCGCGCGUAACUGUUGCGAGAGACAUAUCAUGUGUUACGCUGUUCUGCGAAUGUUGCAUAUGCACAGACCGAUAUAAUAGCUUGAACAUGCAGUAUAAUUAGCUUACUCGUAUCGUUAUCAUGUAUAGUGAAGAUAAUGACCUCGAGAGAUAAAAGAAUUAGAAAAUUCGAAAUUAAAUUAAAAACGCCAUAAUGCCUGUUUUCACGCUCGUUUGUACUCUAAUUAGAUACACUUGCAAGCAGAAUCGUGAUAACAUCGCCGGAAAUGUUCAAGACUCUACUUCAAAUAUGGCCCCAAUGGGUCGCCACUCUAAUAGAAAACGUCCGACGUCCGUUCGUAUUUCGACUUAUUUUGAGAGAAAAUUUGCAUUUUACUUCAAGAUGAUGUGUCCCGGUAUAUCUUUCUGAAAUGUUGACGCGACAAGAAUGGACCGGAUUCGCCAUUACCUAUUGAAAUAUUGUGUCACAGCGAUUCUGCUACCAAUUUCCAUCGGUCUCGCGAUCGGUUGGACUUCGCCGUACCUGGCGUUAUUAACAAACGAGGAGUCACUGUUUCUAAUAACAUCAGAAGAAGCGUCUUGGAUAGCCUCCUUGUUGCCACUGGGACGUCUGCUCGGCGCCGUCGUCGGCUCCCUCUGCGUGGCGUACCUCGACAGCAAGACGUCUCUUCUCUUAACAGGAGUGCCAUUGAUCGGCGGGUGGAUUUGCAUAAUUUUCGCCGAUUCUGCCGUGCUACUGUACACCUUCAGGAUACUUUCCGGAAUGUCGAUGGGAAUGCUGUUCAGUUGUUACCCGCUCUACAUCGGCGAAAUUUCGAUGCCAUCAAUACGUGGGGCCUUAGUGGGUUUGGUGAUCAAUGGGUUACCAUUAGGCACUCUCCUCGGCAAUAUCAUGGGUCCUAAAAUGUCAAUGAUGUAUUUCGGAAUCAUCAGUUUAGUAGUGACGAUAUGCUAUUUAGGUACCUUCCCGUUCCUGCCGCAGUCGCCGCAUUAUUUCGUACGACGCGGUGACAUGGAAAGAGCAAGGAAAGCCAUUCAAUGGUAUAAUCGUAAAACCGACACAAGAAGCGAACUGGAGAACGUGGAACUCUACGUGAAGUCGUCGUCUUCAGUGACCGUAAGAGAACGGCUGAAACGAAUAAAGGAGCCAAAGAACCGCCGCUCUUUCCAGAUGAUAAUAAUACUGUUCAUAUUCAUGCAGCUCAGUGGACUAAAUUCCAUUGUAUUUUACAUGGAGAUCAUCGUCAGGGAAGCGAUGGUUACCUCGAUCGCACCUUCGACCGUUGUAAUAAUCAUUAGUGCAGCUGCUAUAAUUUGUGGCUGGAUCGGCGCGUUCGCCAUUGAUCGUUACGGUCGUAGGAUUCUGUUGGCAAUCUCAACCAUCAGCGUAACGAUCGGCAUACUGUUACUCGCACUGCACUUUUGGCUGCUCGACUACGACUAUGAUCCUAGGAAUCUCGAGUGGUUAGUCAUUUUGGCGUUUCUGGUAUUCACACUGCUAUUUAUGGGGGUCGUGCCGGUACCCACUACGAUGCUGAGCGAACUGUUUCAAUCUGAUCUGAAGAGCUUAGCCGGAUUUGUCGCUAGUGUCACGUCGGCGAUAUUCGCGUUCAUCGCCGCUAAGACUUAUCAGCCACUAGUAGACAUCAUGAGCGAGCAAUACCUUUUCUGUGCAUAUGCUGUACUCAUGGUGGGCUGCCUAAUAUAUUCAAUGGUGAAAGUGCCGGAGACGAAAGGAAAAACAUUGCAGGAAAUUCAAGACAUGAUGGCUAUAGGAAACAGCGGGAAGACGCAAAAAAGGAACGAUGACAAAGCUUAAAAUAAUGUAGCAAAUUGAAUAUCCUGACAAUAUAUGAGAAAAUUAGUAAUUAGCAAUGUAACUACGAACGGACGAACGUGAAGGACAUGCGGAUAUAUUAUAUGUUAUUAUUAAUACUGUAGAUAUCGCUAGAAUGUAUUGUAGAAACAAAGGAUGUGUUGUAGAAAUAAAAAUAAAAGCUGGCAGAAAAUAAAAGUUCGUAAAAGGGAAACGAUUACAUGCAAUUAUCAGAUAGCUCAGUGAGCGAAUAUUAAAUCGACUGAGAAUAACAAUGCGAAUCUAAAGUGCAAAGAAAUAGAACUGCUACAGAAACAGAUGAUACUAAUAAGUUCAUUGACAAAAGAUAUUCCGGGUGUGCGGCAGUAAAUCAUUACAUAAAACAAGUAUUUCACCGGUUUCACAAAGUGACU